CCCGCCUCAAAAUUUAUUCCCAGCCCAAUUCAAAAUUGAACUUCUCUAGCGCCUCUCUCUUAUCCGAACGCUGAAGUGCGGAACGCUCUUGUGCGAAGAACGAAUAACGAAGAAGCGGAAGAUUGGGAAGAACGAAGACGAACUCACGAACCUGGACCCUGCGACGAAGACGCGACAAACGGGAAUAGGAGAACCGCAGACCACCUGCUGCGCCGCUGUCCCCGUCCACUCCGGCUCUCCGCUCUCCGCUCUCCGCCUUCCGAACCCGGUUCUGCCUGGCCGCCUGGGCUCUGUCUCCAGCUCCGCUGCUCCAGCCUCCAGCCCCGCCCCAUUGUAAGUUUCUGGAUCCGCCCCUGACUGGAAUCACAGCUUCUGCACUUCUGCAGUUUAGCCUUCAGGUUCAAGAUGGUUGCGACGCUGUUUGAAGAUAUUUUCACAGUAACUGAAAUAAAUCCAGAGGGGAAAAUAUUCAAUAAUGUUGAUCGCAUCGUGGCAAAGGGCAACCAGUUUGAAAAGACUAUGGUAUUAGACGUGAAUUCACAGAUAUGUCACAUUGACGUUAAGGAUAAACUUAAGAUUGUUCUGGUCUCCACUAUAAAUUUGGAUGGGACUCCAGAUUCGGGUUACUAUCUUCAGGGAAACAGGAAAUCACUUGCUGAUGACUAUGAGUAUGUUAUGCAAGGAAAGCUAUACAGGAUACCUGAGGGAAACUCGCGGGAUGAACUUUAUAUUCCGUUAUGUUCCUUGGUACAGGAGGCUAAUAGUUUCGUUCGGUGGGCUUCUGAUGGAACUGAGUGCUGACUCAUCAAUAGCUGCUAAAUUUGAGCUUGAUCAGAGGCUGUUCAUUCUAAUCAGAAAGAUAUAAACAAAUAGUCUCUACUGAGAUCUUUCUUCUUCAGUCAUGCAUUCAAGCAAGUCCGACUUUGGAAUGUUAAAACUCUUGAGCAUUUGCAUUGUCUAUCAUAAAAAUUAUGAAGUGCUUGAUUGCAUUGGAGUUUUAGUUGGAAAAUUGGCUUGUGAUGAUGAAAGUGGGUAAAGUUCUACACAUCUACAUCUAUCUAUUCCAUCUUUUGAAGUUAUGAUCUCUCAUGCUACUGCAUGCCAUAAUCUAUAGUCUCUACCAGUUGAAAAGCAGUUCUUUUUAAGCAACUACUCUUGGACCGCCCAUGGUCUUCGCAAAAAGUUUUGACCAUUUCUAUCAAGUCUGUUGAUUAACAUCUGAACAUUUUAUAAGAUCAAACGUGCCUAGCUUGUCCGGUAUAACUCACAUGGGGCUUUGUAAACAGGUUGCAAUAUUGGCUUCUACUAUUGAUUAUAG